GAACAAUUUUCAGGGUGACACAAAACAAUCGCAAGAAUACGCGGAUGAGCGGUAGGGAGUAACGUUACUUGACAGUCAGGCCUCAACCUUUAAACCAGUUAUAUUGUAGUUUUCCCACCGUCAGUGUGUGUGAGAGUGUGUUAAACAUUAAUACGGGCUAACCUACUGGUUGGUUGGUUCAGUUUGCGACCGACUUUACACGAGUCGCAGCUAGCGUAAAGUUAGCUAUAAUGCUAACAUGAUGUUCAACCCUUCCGCCGGGUUACCAGAUGACCGAAAAUCCAUGUACAGUCAGUCACAAAAUAGCGUGUACAAAAGCGGCGAUAAAACCAGCCCAAUUAGUGUCAUACUGGUUAGCUCUGGCAGCCGGGGGAACAAACUGCUUUUUCGAUAUCCUUUCCAAAGAGUGGCCGAGUGUCCGUCAUCUCUUACAGCAACUCAACGAAGUCCGUAUGCACUGAAUACGACGGGGGAUGGUCUUGAAGAUCAGGAUGGUGAUUCAAGAGAACAAACUCCACUAACUGACGAACAGUUGGUAGCAGGGUUUUCUGACAUCAUCCUCGCCACCAUCUUGGCCACCAAAUCCGAUAUGUGCGGAAAGAAGUUCGAGUUGAAGAUAGACAAUGUUCGAUUUGUGGGUCACCCUACUCUCCUUCAGCAUCCUCCCAUCAUUCAGGUGUCUAAAACAGAUCCUUCGCCUAAGAGAGAAAUGCCGACCAUGAUCUUGUUUAAUGUGGUGUUUGCACUAAGGGCUAAUGCUGACCCCUCCGUCAUCAGCUGCAUGCACAACCUGUCUCGCCGCAUCGCUAUAGCCCUGCAGCACGAAGAGCGGCGCUGCCAGUACCUGACCAGAGAAGCCAAACUGAUGCUCGCCGUCCAGGAUGAGAUUACCACCAUGACUGAGACUGAUGGAAGCCCCCAGUCCCCAUUUAGACAAAUUCUACCCAAAUGUAAGCUAGCAAGAGACCUGAAGGAGGCUUAUGACAGCCUUUGUACAACCGGUGUAGUGCGACUACAUAUUAACAACUGGCUGGAGGUGAGCUUCUGUUUACCGCACAAGAUCCACAGAAUUGGCGGAAACCAUAUCCCUCCAGAGGCGUUGGAGCGCAGCCUUAAGGCUAUAAGGCCCUAUCACGCUCUGCUGCUACUGGAAAGUGAAAAGGCACUGCUGAGCCAGCUUCCUCUGGACUGCUCGCCUGCGAUGGUGCGCCUCAUCAAAACCUGCUCAGCGGUGAAAAACCUGCAGCAGCUUGCACAGGAUGCUGACCUAGCCCUACUUCAGAUCUUUCAAAUUGCAGCUCAUUUGGUUUACUGGGGCAAAGCGAUCAUCAUCUACCCGCUGUGUGAGAACAACGUCUACAUGCUGUCUCCUCAUGCCAACAUCUGCCUAUACUCACCACUGGCUGAGCAGUUUGCCCAGCAGUUUCCUGGUCAUGAUCUGCCCUCCAUGUUAGCAAAGUUCUCACUGCCAGUCUCCCUGGCCGAGUUCAGAAACCCCCUGGAGGCUCCUGCGCAGGAGGCCCAGCUGAUCCAGAUGGUGGUGUGGAUGCUCCAGCGCCGCCUUCUCAUCCAACUGCACACUUACGUCUGUCUGUUGGUACCGCCCAGCGAAGAUGAGCCCGGGACGAGGGAUGAAGACCCCCCGCUGCCUGCCCGAGUAGGGGGCCGCAGUCUCAGCACCCCAAGCGCUCUUAGCUUCGGUUCCCCAACCAGUAGUGAUGACAUGACCCUAACCAGUCCCAGUAUGGACAACUCCAGUGCAGAGCUGUUGCCUGGUGGGGACUCACCUCUCAACAAGAGGAUGACAGAGACGCUGCUUGCCAGCCUGUCGGAGCACGAGAGGCAGGUUAUUCUUAAUAUCCCUGCUGCACAAAAUCCAGAAGAUCUGCGGAUGUUUGCCAGGCUGCUGCAUUAUUUCCGGGGACAUCACCACCUGGAAGAGAUUAUGUACAAUGAGAACAUGAGGCGCUCUCAGCUCAAGACGCUGUUUGACAAGUUCCGCAGUGUCCUUGUGGUGACCAACCAUGAGGAUCCUAUUAUUUCAAUCUUUCAGUCACCGAUGGAGUAGUGGCACAAAGACGGUAUCAGCCCCCAUGGAAAAGAUGUCAGUUCGACAGCGGUUAAUAGCCUGCUGUGCUCACAGCUAAGUACUGUUGCUCAACAAUGUUUUAAAAUGAGCUCAUUUGCAUUAAUGUGUGCAGAUUUACGAAAUGUAGAACGCAUUUUUUUUCCUUUAUGAGCCAAAUAUUGUUUACAAUAUUAAAUUAUUUUGUACAUACCA